AGUCGGACAAUUAUACUCUUUUCUAGGUAUUCCUACUUACAUGCUACGUUUACACUUGACACAUUGCGAGAAUCCGAUUUGAUGACAAAAAAACAGCUGAGUGAGGACACAUUCCUCUCUUCAUAAGUACGACAUAUAAUACGCUGAUAGAUACGCGUAUGAUCAUGUCCUAUCUCUUUCCCACACCGGCUGUGUUUCUCUCUCGAAUAAUCGAAGAUCGAAGGCGACAUAGUAGGUAGUGCACUGUAUAGGCAGAUCAGAGGACAACUGCAGUCAGUUACACUUCCGCGCUGAUCUGGAGCGGGUGGAGUCUGUCUCAUUACCGCAGAGUCUCGUUAUAAUUUUAUUGGCAUUUCGAUUAUACGCAGCGCUGGUCGUCGUAACUUGGCAAAGAUGAGCAAACUGCAUCUUGGACCCGGUUCUGAGCAACCACCACGAGUAGAUGGAAAAGUUCGUCUUUAUAGUAUGAAGUACUGUCCAUUUGCUCACAGAGUUAUUCUUGCAUUAUCAUUCAAGAAGAUUCCUCAUGAUAUUGUAAACAUCAACUUGAAGGCUAAGCCAGAAUGGUACUUGCAGAUUCACCCAGAAGGCAAGGUUCCAGCUUUGGUGGAUCUUGAUGGUAAUGUGGUAGUUGAUUCUACAGUUAUUGUAAACUAUUUAGAAGAAAAGUAUCCUGAUCCAACUCUAUACAACAAGUCAACAAUCACUCGAGACUUGGAACUGCUUGACCACUAUGAUAAGAUUGUAAAGGUUUUCUCCAAUUGUAUUCAUAAGAGAGAUAGCAGACCGCUUCAAGAGGCAGUGAAUGAAAUCUGUACCUACUUAGUAGAGUUUGAAAAUGAAUUGAAGAAUAGAAACACUACUUUCUUUACUGGAGAUAAACCAGGCAUGCUUGACAUUCUGAUGUGGCCAUUUGUUGAGAGAGCAAAAGCACUUCCAAUACUCUACAAAGAAUCAUUGGAUUUUGAAAAGGAAAAGUUCCCGUGCACUAUGAAAUGGAUUGCUGAGAUGAAAAAUCAAGAAUUUGUAAAAGAAAAUGCUGUGUCAUACGAAACUUUUGCCAAGGUACUUGAAGCCUCCAAUGCAGGAACUAUUGAUUAUGACAACAUCUAAAAUAGUAAAUAGUAGCAGUACAUCUCUCUACGCUCGUGAUGUUAAAACAUUGCCCUAUAAUGUGAUAUAAUUUAAUUUUGUAAUUUUUGUAUGCAAAGGACUACCAACUUAUGCUUGAUCAACUUAACAGUGUUAGAACAUAUGAUAAAAUUCUAUAUAGAGAAUACUCUCUUCAAAAUGCUGAAAAACAAAAGUUUGAUGCCAUAGUUAUUAACUUCCUCCGUUUUUGAUAAGAGUUUAAAUUUGUUAUUUAUUUUUUGUUUUUUAGUUUACUUUAGAGAUAUAUGUAUAUAGUUUUGUACUUACAUUUUGCUGAUGUUCAACUUAAGAAUUAUAGCAAUUUCUUACAGAUUUGCUUUUGAAAAAUUAAGAGUACAUUGAAAAAAAAUUUCUUUUUGAUAUUGAUUAUGACAUUAAGUGCUUUUACGAAUUCCUAAUUCUGUAGGAACUAGACUAAUUUAUAAAAGUGAACAAUAAUAUAUGACAAUAAUAGUGAGUUGUAAUAUCACAAAACUUAAGAGCUUCAUGCAGUGUGUAACUCGCGCCUCUGUCUGUAAGACAAUAAAAUGCUUCCAAUGAUUUAUUUAGGAGCUUGAUAAAAUAACGGUACAGUGCGGUAUUUUAAUAAAUAUCGAACAUAUAUCUAUUUGCAACACUGUCUUUGGGAUCAAAACAUUCAUCAAUACCGUUUAUCAGUUUUUUAAAAAAAAUUAUUAUUCACAUGAUUCUUCUUGUUACAAUUACAUAUUUACAUAUUUAAGAAUUUGAUGUGAUGCUUGAAGAAUUUUUAAAUACAAUUAAAAUGUCUCAUGACGUACAAAUAGUAAUAAAAUUACCUACUUAUCGCUUAA